AUGGUUUUAACACGUGUUCUCCAUCAGAGACACACAGACCGGCUCAUGUGCCGCAAUCAUCAAAGACUCCUCAGAGGAGUUUGGGAAAUGGAGAUCACAUCCAUCUGCCCUCCUGGCUGGCAGAGCUUCGCUGGCAGUUGUUACUGGAUGGUCAGUAAUAUCAAUCUGUUGACCACCUGGCACGAGGCUUUCACCAAGUGCAACGAUUUAGGGGCCAACCUGCUGAUCAUAGACAGUCAAGAAGAACAGUUCUUUAUAAACGGGAACCUGCCAGACUUUCACCACGUGGACAUUCCCGAUAUCUGGAUCGGUUUAUCAGAUAAGGACCAGGACGGGCAAUUCAGAUGGGUAGAUAAAACCCAGAUUACGUUUAAUAACUUUGGCCCUGGUUGGCCCACCAACACCAACGGCUUCUGGGACUGUGGACAAAUCUUCACAGGAAAUUAUGAGGGAAAAUGGGAAACAACCAACUGCUUCAAGAGCCUGGGCUACAUUUGUGAGAUGAAAGGCGGACAGAAUCCUAAACCAACUUCAACUCCCGAUUUCCACUGUGAUGCUGGAUAUUUGUUGUACGGGGACUUCUGCUAUCACUUUGAGACUGAGUCAGUGAAAAACUGGCAUGAUGCUGAGGCUCACUGUAACAAAGAGCAGGCUCACCUGGCCAGCUUCCACUCACAGGAGGAACUGAGCUUCUUAACCGCUCACAUGCCCGGGGAAGCCUGGGUGGGUUUGAAUGAUAUCAGUGUUGAAAACCAGUGGAUAUACACCGACGGAACUCCUGCAGAUCUCCUCCCAUGGGGGCCUAACCAGCCAGACAACUGGAAUGAGAAUGAGGACUGUGCGCACCUCACAGGGAUGACUCACUCUCAUCCUGGGACACUCAAUGAUAUUUACUGCACCUACACAAAGGAGUUUAUCUGCAAAAAAGCCAAAGGACAAGGACCUCCUCCUCAGCCCCCAACAUCUGGACCAGGGUGGAAUGAGAAAUGUGGCUCUUGGAUGGCCGACCCUUUUAACGACUUCUGCUACCUGUUUAACUACCUGUCAAUGAGGACGUGGGCAGAGGCCCGAGCUGACUGUGUCAACCAGGGAGGAGACCUCGUCAGUAUCACCGACCCGUUCGAACAGGCCUUCAUACAAGGUGUGAUCCAGCUGAGUCCCGUGGGUAUCUCUCUGUGGAUGGGCGGUCAUGACUCCAUCACUGAAGGCGGCUGGGAGUGGAUAGACGGCUCUCCUUUCAGAUACAUCCGCUGGAGUGCAGGUAACCCAGACAACUAUUUUGGUGAAGACUGUCUGUCUAUACUGAUUAACGACGGCUACUGGAACGACGACAACUGUGGCAACAAAAGAGGAUACAUCUGCAAGCGGAAAGGAAACUUGCCGGUGCCUCCUCCACCUCAUGACGGUUUCAUGACGGCACUGGUGUGCCAGGGCUCCACUGCUGUACUUCACUGCCCACCUGAAAGUGUCAUUAACAUCCAGUCAGCUUUCUAUGGACGAAAGAGUGAUGACAUCUGUCCACACCUGGGUGAAUCAGGAGGUGAAUGCACGGUGGAUGGUAUCCUUCCUUACUACAGAAAGCGCUGUGACAACCAUCCCUUCUGUUUUACUUACGCCCAUACGGAGGUUGACCCCUGUCCCACAGUUUCCAAAUACCUGAAGAUCGUCUACAGCUGCGAACAAAAAGUGUGUCUGCACGGCCUGGGUGUCGAGGACGGGAACAUCACAGACUCUCAGCUCUCUGCCUCGUCCUCCAUCGGUUUCUUCACUCCCAACAAAGCCCGUCUGAAUGGAAAUUCCUGCUGGAUGCCUUCGGGAAGCGCAACCUCAAGCUGGAUCGAGGUAAACCUGGGCCAGCCCAGAAAAGUGACAGGCAUAGUAAUCCAGGGUUGCCCUCAAAAUGACCACUGGCUCACCAAAUUUAAGAUCCAGUACAGUAUGAACAGAACAAAGUGGAAUGACUACACUGUUGACGGGCCGUUUUUCCCAGGCUCAUCAGACAGAGACAGUCCUGUAACUCAGCUGCUGGGAACACCUGUGUCAGCUCAGUACGUCCGCAUCCUGCCUGUGGAGUUCAGCGGUCAGGCCGGCCUUCGCUUUGACGUCUUAGGUUGCACACCGGACUAUGCAAUCACAUGCGCCAGUAAGCCCAACUUCAACUUUGCCAAUGAUAAAAUGACUGUUCAUUGUCCAGCACGCUGUGCCAAUGCUGAUUACAGAGUGUAUGGCACUUCAAUAUACCGUGGGGACUCGAAUAUCUGUGCUGCGGCGAUCCAUGCUGGAGUGGUAUCAAACGAGAUGGGAGGAGACUGUACUCUGUUGAAAGUUGCAGGACAGAACUUCUACGCCGGCUCCACCAGGAAUGGCAUCACCUCAAGACAAUACAAUGGAAACUACGCUGUCUCCUACACUUUUGCUGAUGGCGAGCUGAGGUGUUCGGGACCAGACUGGUAUGAGUUUGGAGACUUCUGCUACAAACCUUUUGGAGACAAAAAGACAUGGCAUGAUGCCCAGGACACCUGCAGGGCUCUGGGCGCCGACCUCGUAUCCAUCCUCUCGAUGACGGAGCAGAGCUGGCUCGAGAGCUACCUGUACAUGGCCACCAGUGACGUGUGGACGGGUCUAAAUGACCUGGUUGUGACUGGUAUGUUCACCUGGUCAGACGAACACAUGGUGACCUUCACUUACUGGGCUCCAGGGGAACCCAACAACCACGAUGGUUUCAGUGAGGACUGUGUCGAGAUGUUACACCAGACCGGCCGUUGGAAUGACGUGUCCUGUACUGAACUCAAUACCUACAUAUGCAAAAUGCCCAAAGCACAUUACCCAUUGCCCUCUGUAGCGCCCACAGUGUACGGAUGCCCUCAGGGCUGGGGUGCGUACGGCUACGCCUGCUACUUGAUGGAAGAGACCGCCAUGAGCUGGUCAGAAGCUAAGGCUCACUGUACAGAGAGGGACGGUUUCUUGCUGCACAUCGGAGACAUGUGAGUGACAACUUUUCCCCAUUCCUGUUUU